AUGGAAGGUUUCAUCGGCAACGCGCGGAAAGCGCAAGCGUGCCAGGUGUGCGAUGCGCUCAUUUUGCACAACGCGCUGCUGCGCCGGGGUGGCCGCCGAUUCUUCAACAAGCGCUUGCGCGACGCACGGUCCGGCGAGGACGACGAGGUGCUUGAGAUUUGA